CCUCAUUCACCCACGUUAUAAAAGAGAAAACAAACCUACUUUUUGCCUACAUACAUUGUGCAUAGUAAAAAAUAGUUUAAAAAGAGCCCACUUCUAUUGUAGUACUGCAGACGUGCUUUGUGGUGGUUUCGUAAUAGCCAUGGACCGUGCUGGUAAGAUUGCAUCUUUGACUGUCUUGAAUGUCUUGAUGAAAGUAGUAUCAUGUUCCAUACUUGGUUUAACUUACAUGGACCCCCUCAAUUUGGUUCCAUCUAAACCUCACUUGAGGGGCGAAGAUCCUUGCAAGCCACUUUACUGGUACCCUAGACAAAUUCCUGAUUAUUGCUACGCUCCAAAACCUGAUGUCGCACCAAUGCCAUUGCCUUUGCCUCCGCUUCCGCCGCCAGUGCCGCUACCGAUGCCGUUGCUUCCGCCGCCAAUGCCGCUACCCGUGCCAAUGCCGAUGUAUUUACCAAUGCCGGGGCCUCUAGCACUGCCUCCACCGAUGCCAGGACUAAUGCCUCUUCCACCGUACGCUGCACCCGCACCUAUCCCCUUGGGGUCUCCGGCAUUCCCACCGAAUUUACUGCCAGGACCAGCAAUACCUGCGAUUCAAAGAGGCUUAGUUCCAGGUGUGGAGGGUCUAGUAUCUCCCGACGGAGCUAUAAACAUUCUGCCGUUUUCGGACGCGUAUUCAGAGCUACUGGAGAAACACAAACAGAAAAUGAUAAGGAGAAGGCUGCAAAAACUUCUAGACGAAUACGAGUACCAUCCGAAGAAGAAACAUCAUCAUCACCGAAAGCGUGUCUGGAUGGAUUAUUAGUAAUACCGGUUAGUUGAAUUGAGAUGUUUCCAUUCAAACAAAUAUAUUAAUAAUUAAACAUUUAUUACAAGUAUUUAUUAAUAUAGGUACUUAUACCUAAGUUUACAUUAAAACGUGACUUAAACAUGAUAUGUAUAUUUGUAAACUUACAUAUCAAGGACUAUCAAUGGACGUGAUUGAUAGUCAUUAGUCUUAACUAUUGGACGGACUUCCUGAGGGCUACAAAUUGUACACAUUAUUAAAUAGUCAAUAUGUAUGAAUAUCCAAAUAUUUACUUGUUAAAUACCUAAGUAGCUAAGAAUUACACUAUCCUAUUUAUAAAUAUAAAUAGGUACCAUGACCUAAAUGUUUAUAUUAUACGAAUAAUUCGUCGUAUUCUAUGCGAUGAUAUCAAGAUCUAGAUUCAGUCACUAAAAUUUAUUUCUCGAAGUGUAAAUGUCACUGUGAUUUGAUUCCGUGGAACAUUUUUCAUUUUCCUAAGAAAUGUCUGAGGAACGUCAUAUCAAAGGCUCCGAUGGCCAUCCAUCGAACGAGUAGUUAUUCAGGGGAGUACAGUCCGCAUCAAAGUAGCAGAUCAUCAGACUACACGUACCAAAGUACCAUUCACUAACAGCUUAACAAAUAUAUGUAUGUCUCUAUAUGAGACAUUUUAUUUCUAAUUAUCUUUGCUAUUAGAUCAUAACAUAUACUUUUUAAACGUGAACUGUAGAGAUAUAUGUAAUAUACCUACUUGGAAGUAAGUGGUAAUUAGUUUUGUGCGUGGUUUCAUCCGUUAAUAUUGAUGCUGACUGUCAUCUAUUGAGAAAAUGCAUUGAGUAGGUAAUAGACUUAUAGAAACCACAUGAUUGAAACUAAGUAUUUUUCUAAAGUUACUUACCCCUAGGUUUAAAAUUAUCAAAACUCAAUUAAUUUUAGUAUUUUUUACAUUCAAUGCUUAAGUACAUAUUGCCACAAGAGUAGGUACAAUAACGAUUAUAAAAUAACUAAACUACAACCACUUUAAAAU